UUAUCGUGGCGACCCCAUUCCCAAUUUUUCGCCGGCCUCGUGGUUUUGUUAUGGUAAGUGUUUUGAUAUUCUUUUCUUGAUUUUUACCACUUAAAUGUUCCUUUUUAGGCCUCUCCAAGCCGGGUUGAGCUGCGGAAUCCUUCCAACGAUGUAUGCGCCGGGACGCUGACCCUGACCUAGCGCGUCCCGGCAGGCCAAUAUGCCCGGCCUUCGACCCACCCCUUUCCCUUCCCCCCCGCCGCGGCUCCCCGCUCUGGACGGCACUCUGAAUUUGGCCGUGGGCUAUCAGAGACUCCGACUGGCUCCGGGGGAUUCACGCUACACGUCGAACCCACUCCGUGUAUGCUGCUGGACCGCCCUCCGACUGACGUCCCCUCCUUCCCCGCUACCCCGCGGCUCCUCGCUCUGUGGCAUACCACAGGCUGGCCGUGAGGGCAUUGCCACAGCCCGCCUGCAGAUCGCUCGUCUCCUCCUGCCUUCGCUGGACCUGCUGCAGCCGCCGCUGGAUUAUUAUUAUUUAUAUUUUUUUUAUCCCUAUCCCAAAUACCCACAGUGA